AUGUCUGAUCGAUCAAACAACAGCGAUUCUCGCAGCGACACCCCAAAAGCCGAACAAGGCCCUGGACAGAACUCCAGGGAUAGUAACGUCAGCGCAAGCACUCCUUUCAUGCCCCAGUCAGGGAAAGUUGCCGGAAUGGUCAACCAUCCGCCGCAUCAUGACCAGAGAGUAGAUGGUGAACCGGACAAAGAUCGCCGCGAAGAUGAUGUCGCUGGCAGUAGUCGGUGGAUUCCUCAGGCUGGGAAGCCUACGGGCAAUUCAUCGCUCUGA